AUGAGUUAUGAUAAGAUAUCAAACAAGUAUAGUGCCUACAUAGCUGCAUUUUCAAACAAUGUAAAACCAAGAUCUUAUGCAGAAGUUGCAAAAGAUCCAAGAUGGAUAGAAGCUAUGAAGUCUGGAAUUGAAGCAUUGCAAAACAAUCAUACUUGGGACAUCGUAACUCUUCCUGAAGUAAAAACUCCAAUAGGGUGCAAGUGGAUAUUCAAAGUAAAAUAUAAAUCCACAGGAGAGGUAGAAAGGUUUAAAGUCAGGCUGGUGGCUAAAGGUUACAGCCAACAAGAAGGAAUUGACUAUCAGGAGACAUUUUCUCCUAUAGUAAAGAUGAAGAUUGUUAGGUCUGUGUUGGCAUUAGCUGCACAAAAUCACUGGCAUGUGCAUCAAAUUGAUGUAUUUAAUGCAUUCUUUCAAGGGGACUUGUUUAAUUAA